CCUUAUUAUUAUUUCGUUAUUUCAGCUCUUAGCUUCCGGAACAGCAGGACUCGCCAGCCAGCCAAGGGUCCCUUUCCCGCAGCCCCGAGGAGGAGAGUCAUUUAUCUGGUGCCGUAUCGUAACGCCGACCAGCAGCGUGAGGGAGCUCGACACAUCGGCAGCUGUGAGAACGGAUACUUUACAGCCCAACAAAUGAGUGCCAGGAUACACAAAGAUUUGCCGCUUUCUUUGUCCUCUUGCACUGGAAACAGGAACUUUUCUCAAAGCAAUGGUACCUGUGUCACCGAGGUGGGAAAGUUAAUAUACUCUUUCUCCGCCACUGUGGUUCUUAUCGUGCUAGUGACGCUGAUCUUCGGUGUGAUCGCCGUCUCUCUCCUCACCUUUCACUUUCACAAAAGCAAAAUGAAGAAGCGGAAGAUGCAGAGGGCUCAGCAAGAGUACGAGCGCGACCACUGCAGCCCCGAGGCGGUGAAAGGCUCCUCGCCAGAGAAAGGGAGUGGGAUGAUGGUGAGCCCAGGUCCAAAGGCGGCAGCUGCCUGUCUGUCCGCCCACAUCCACAAUAACACACACACAGUGCCCUCCGGGAGCGGCCCGAGGGCAGCAGAAUCGGAAUCAGACCUUCACUGUACGGACACUCCGAGGAACCCCGUGUCCCAAUCCAUGCUUUUGUAAUGAACUCUAUCGCCUGAUUGCAGAAAACAGACUGUUGUGAUAAUACUUGAACAUAGCAUAGUUUCAAGAAAACGGGGGGGGAGGGGGCGACCACAGACACGGCGCAUGGCAAAUCACAUUAAGCCCGAAUUCCUAUUUCUUGAAAUUAAAUAUUUGUGUUUAUAAAGAGGACGCACAUAUAGCAGAAAUGUAUGUCAGUUAACUCUGGAUUUCCACUUAGAUGUAUAUUUCGUAAUUUGAUCGUCUCUAUGUAAAGUCCGAGGUUUCACAUGGUAUGUAA